CCCCUCUCUCUCUGCAUCUCUACUCUCUCUCUCUCUAAAAACCAGGGGACUGCAGUUUGAUUUCUUGCUCGGUCUGCUCUGCUGCUGCAACUAUGGCGGCAGAGACUUCUAGAUCUACUUCAUCGGCCGAUUCUUACAUCGGCAGCUUGAUUAGCUUGACUUCCAAGAGUGAAAUGAGAUACGAGGGCGUUUUGUACAACAUCAACACUGAAGAGUCCAGUAUUGGAUUGCGAAACGUGAGAUCAUUUGGAACGGAAGGACGGAAAAAGGAUGGUCCACAAGUUCCUCCGAGUGACAAGGUUUAUGAGUACAUACUAUUCCGUGGAAGUGAUAUCAAGGAUUUACAGGUUAAAUCUUCUGCACCUGUUCAGACCUCACCUCCCAUUAACAAUGAUCCAGCUAUUAUUCAGUCUCACUAUCCUCGACCUGCUUCUACAUCUUCAAGCUUGCCUCCUGCUGUUAGUGGAUCUCUUGCAGAUCUUAGUUCCCAUACUGCACAGUUGGGACAUCCAGGGUCAAGUUUCCAAGGUAGUUUACCUUUGUAUCAACCUGGGGCAAAUUUAGGGUCAUGGGGGCCUUCACCCCCUAUUCCAAGUGCGAAUGGAAGUGGAUUAGCUAUGCCAAUGUACUGGCAAGGAUUUUAUGGCCCCCCAAAUGGUCUCCCUCAGUUGCACCAGCAAACUUUGCUUAGGCCACCACCUGGACUAUCAAUGCCUCCUUCCAUGCAGCAGCCGAUGCAGUAUUCUGGAUUCAAUGCCCCUUUUCCAACUGGAGCAUCUAACUUGCCUGGUUCAAACUUGCCAGAAUAUCCUUCUCCUCUGCUUCCUGCUACUACCAAUUCCCUCAACUUGGCACCUACAUCUUUUCCGGCAUCAACUUUGCCAUCAAUGCUUCCUCCUGCGCCUUCUAUCACACUAGCUCCUGAAGCAUUACCUAGUUCAAUCACAAACAAGGCUCCUAGUGCUGCCCUGCCUACAGCAACUCUAAAUGCUAACCUGCCUUCUCUUUCUCCUUUGGUUACAUCAAGUCCAGAUACAAAUGCUGUUAUACCACCAAUCUCCAACAAGACUAAUGCAAUUUCUGGUCCAACUUUGCCAUAUCAAACCAUAUCUCAACCCAUAUCCUCUAUUGUUGGGAGUCUUGGGACAUCCAGUUCAAGUCAGACAGAAACACCAACACCUUUACUUGUAACCCCAGGUCAGUUGUUGCAGUCUGUACCGGCUGCAGUUUCUUCAUCUCAGUCUUCACAAACAGCUCUGCUGAAUGGAGCUCCUUUCCAAAGUCGUCAUGGCUAUAGAGGGCGUGAAAGGGGAAGAGGAGCUGGGAGUUCGCGUCCAGUGACAAAAUUCACUGAAGAUUUUGAUUUUAUGGCAAUGAAUGAGAAAUUUAAAAAGGAUGAAGUAUGGGGUCAUCUUGGCAAAAGUAACAAGUCUAAAGAAGGGGAUGAGAAUUACAGUGAUGAAGAUGAUUUUCAAGAUGAAGACAGUGCCGAAUUACCAAAUUUUGAGAUCAAACCUGUUUACAAUAAGGAUGACUUUUUUGAUACCAUCUCUUGCAAUGCACUUGGUCAUGAAUCAAAUAAUGGAAGGACUAGGUUCUCUGAGCAAAUGAAGAUAGACACAGAGACAUUUGGUGAUUUCCCACGGUAUCGAGGAGGCCGAGGUGGUCGGGGGCCCUAUCGUGGUGGUCGUUCUCGAGGCUCAUAUUAUGGAAGGGGUUAUGGCUAUGUUGGGAGGGGUCGUGGUCGGGGCUUGUGAACUCAUGCUCCCUAGAUAUUGUGUGGUAUUUUUCCAAUUACUUGGGUAGAAAAACAAAAGCUUGAUUGUCCCCGGGGCCAGGAUAUUUGACUUGGGACUAUGCUUGUAAUGUUUGUGCUUCUUACUGUUCAUUGGGUGAAAAAUAAAAUUAGAAUUUGUGGUCUUUGAUGUUUUAAUC